GGAGAGCGGCGCCGGGCUGGUGUAGUGGAUAAAGUGAAAGUCAAGAGAGCUGAGGACAUUGCUGUAUAGACUAGCCGGAGUCCGCCGAGAUACUUAUUGGACCCGCGGCCAGUGUGUGUGGACGGGCCGGAUUAAUCAGCGCCUCCUGCUGCCCGGAGAAGCACAGUACACCCCCACUUGUUGCUGCUACAGACCGGUGAGGAUGAGGAGAGCGGGGCGCCUAUGGAGCGCGCUGGCCCCGCCGCUGCUGCUGCUGAUGAGUGUCCUGAGAUCGGGCGCUCAGUCUUACCACGGGGAGAAAGGGAUCUCCGUCCCGGACCACGGCUUCUGCCAGCCAAUCUCCAUCCCGCUGUGUACGGACAUCGCCUACAACCAGACCAUCAUGCCGAACCUACUCGGCCACACGAACCAGGAGGACGCCGGGCUGGAGGUACAUCAGUUCUACCCGCUGGUGAAGGUACAAUGCUCGGCCGAGCUGCGCUUCUUCCUGUGCUCUAUGUACGCCCCGGUGUGUACGGUACUGGAGCAGGCCAUCCCGCCGUGCAGGUCUCUAUGUGAGCGGGCCCGCCAAGGCUGCGAGGCCCUGAUGAACAAGUUCGGCUUCCAAUGGCCAGAGCGGCUCCGCUGUGAGAACUUCCCGGUACACGGGGCAGGGGAGAUCUGUGUGGGCCAAAACACCUCAGAUACCCCCAGCAGACCUACCGCUAACCCCACCCCCUACUUACCGGAGCUCAUCACCUUCCACCCUCACUCCCCAUCCCGGGACUUUACUUGCCCCCGCCAACUCAAAGUGCCCCCCUAUCUGGGUUACCGCUUCCUAGGGGAGAAGGACUGUGGGGCCCCCUGUGAGCCCACCAAAUCUAACGGACUUAUGUACUUCAAGGAGGAGGAGGUCCGUUUUGCCCGGCUCUGGGUGGGCAUCUGGGCCAUCUUGUGCGCCAUCUCAACCCUCUUCACUGUGCUCACCUACCUGGUGGACAUGAGGCGCUUCAGCUACCCCGAGCGCCCCAUCAUCUUCCUGUCCGGUUGUUACUUUAUGGUGGCCGUGGCCUACGCCGCCGGAUUCUUCCUGGAGGAGCGUGGCGUGUGCCUGGAUCGCUUUUCGGACGAUACCUACCGCACGGUGGCCCAGGGCACCAAGAAGGAGGGCUGCACCAUCCUCUUCAUGAUCCUCUACUUCUUCGGCAUGGCCAGUUCCAUCUGGUGGGUCAUCCUAUCCCUCACCUGGUUCCUUGCCGCCGGCAUGAAAUGGGGCCAUGAAGCCAUCGAGGCCAACUCCCAGUACUUCCACUUGGCCGCCUGGGCCGUGCCGGCCGUCAAGACCAUCACCAUCCUUGCCAUGGGCCGAGUGGACGGAGACAUCCUGAGCGGAGUGUGCUACGUGGGCAUCAACAGUGUGGAUUCCUUGCGUGGCUUCGUCCUGGCGCCCCUCUUCGUCUACCUGUUCAUCGGCACCUCCUUUUUACUGGCCGGCUUCGUCUCUCUCUUCCGCAUCCGCACCAUCAUGAAACACGACGGGACCAAGACUGAAAAGCUGGAGAGGCUGAUGGUCCGUAUCGGGGUGUUCAGCGUCCUUUACACGGUGCCAGCCACCAUCGUGUUGGCCUGCUACUUCUACGAACAGGCCUUCAGGGACACUUGGGAGAAGACUUGGCUUAUGCAGACCUGCAAAAGCUUUGCCAUCCCUUGCCCGAACCAUCACUUUGCUCCCAUGAGCCCGGAUUUUACUGUUUUUAUGAUCAAGUAUCUGAUGACCAUGAUCGUGGGCAUCACCUCCAGCUUCUGGAUCUGGUCGGGCAAGACCCUGCAGUCCUGGCGCAAAUUCUACCACAGACUAAGCAACAACAGCAAAGGGGAGACUGCUGUAUGAGUCCCGGGACUUUUCUGCUCCUUGCUAUGGAGUUAAAGGGACUUCGUUCAAUGGUACUCAUUAACUGUGGAUCUAGCCUUGACUUGGUGCACAGCUUCCCACAGAAAGCGUUCUACAGGAAUAGAUCCAAGGAAGCACUGUGAUUGAUUUAUGUGGACAGUGUGAUCAUGUUGAGGGUCCCCCAUGCAUUUUAUUUUUUUUAUCUUGGCUCUUUACCCCAAUUUUUAUUCCAGAUCAUCAUCAAAAUGUAUUUUUUUUAAGGGAAUUGAAGAGAUUUGGGUCUGGCGUCCUGUCUAGUACUGUGCUUAGGCAGUGUGUGGGUCUCAAGCGUUGUGGAACUACAAGUUCAAGCAUACCCUGCUCGUCACAUGCUGGGCUUAUAGUUCCGCAACACCUGGUGAGUCAGUGUGCUGAAACUCUGCCAUAAGGGGCUUUUGAUUUUAUUUGUGGUGGCCAAAGGGGUCAACUUGCUACACGGACCGUAGGGUUGUAUACAGCGUAAAGUGCAGGAACAGACCCCCACAUUCUUGCAUUUGUCAUUUACUCAGCUGCCAGGCAUAGGAUUGUUGUGUUUACCUAACAGAUCAAGUCUUGUGCUUGGUAAAUAAGUUUGGGUCCCUUAAGCACCCUGCAGGCAGUUAAUUAAAGUUCUUCAGAGUGGGCUUCACCUACCCAGCAGCUGGGCAAAUAAUGCCUUUUGGUGUUACUGUCUCCCACUGCUAUGUCAACAACCUUUUCACACGCCUUUAAAUCUCCAUGCAGACACUAAAGUGACUACAUUAUACUUUUUUUUAUUACAAUAAUGCCAAAUUACAUUACUACAGCCUUAUGAUUUGUACAUUUUAUUUCACAUCAUAUGCCUUUGGUUUUCUCCCAUAUUUUUUUUUUUUUUAACUCUAUUUGGUAAAUGAUGUGUUUUUUUUGUAAUGUAAGAUAUGCAAUGUCCUGGCUGGGUAGGUGAGAAAUGGUUAAAGAGUUUUUAGACUCUGGGCCAGCAACACAUUCCUUUUGCAAGGCUUUGCUAUCUUCUCCAGCUGCAAAUGGGGUUAAAGCAUUUCCUCUAUAGACAAAUGCCAAAUUGCCUCUGAGAUUCCUUUUUAAAUCUGCCACCCAUAUUUGUGUGGGUAAUAGCCUUAAUAUUACGAUUUUACUGGAAUGUUAAAAAUGGGCUCUAUAUAGCUUAUUUUAAAAUGCAUUACGCCUUUUUAAUGUUCUUUAUAGCACUAGCACAAAAAAAGCAAUUUUUUUUUUUUGUUUGUUUAUUUUUUUUUUUUUAGGGGUCAUCCCAGCAGAAUACACAUGAAAGGUGACAAAACUCCCCUUUCAUAUUAUGUUUACAUUUCAUUUGAUUUUUCUCUAGUAGUAUUACACAUUUUUAAUAUUUGCUGCUGCCACUUGCAGAAUACAUUUCUACGGUGGCAAUAUUUAAAUUAAAUUACUGGUUAAACAUUAUUUCCUAUGUGAAAUGUUUCAGCUCAGCGCCACAAUGUCCAGUACAUAAAUCCUAAAUCCAGCCCUGCUUUAUUUUCAUUUUUUUUUUUUUUUUUACUGAUUUCAGUUGAUUUAAUUUUUCUAAAUAUCCAGGGAGUUGCAACAGUUGCUGCAUAAUGUGUAUUUUUGAAAGUCAAAUACUAUGUAUGACAAUAAGAGACUAUUUUAUAACUUGAUUUUUUUAUGUGCAUGUCAACUAUCUGCAAAUGAAGACAUUGUUUAUAUAUUUUUUUUUGUAAAUAAUUGUAACUUUUUGUAUGAAGAUAUAUAUGUAUUUAUAUGUUUCUAAGCCUCACUUUAUCUUGUGUACAGUUCACUAAAUAAAGCCUACAUUUUAGGUACUUUU